CAUCAUCCCAACUACGGACCAUUCAUAAAUAUUUCAGAUAAUCAACCCCUUCCGCCAACGGCUUUCCGAGCACUUGACAAGCUUGCUCAAAGUCCCUACGUAUCAUUGUGCUGCUUGAUUUAGGACUGCAUCACAACAAUUCAAGGUAGCCGAGACACAUCGCUGUCCCGCGCGCACUUAAGUGCCCAUCGCCAGCAUGUCUGCCUUUUUGACAACAGUGAAUAAUCGGACAAGGAAUCAGUUCCGACCCAGGGCAGCAGGCAAAGGCGGCGCCACGAGCUACCAGCUUCGACAAUAUGCCGAGGCAACCCUGGGUGGUGGCAGCCUGAGGAAGGUAGUGAAGCUUCCGGAGGGUGAGGAUGAGAACGAGUGGCUUGCUGUCAACAUGGUGGAUUUCUACAAUCAAAUCAACCUGCUGUACGGCGCCAUCACAGAGUUCUGCUCGCCGCAGACAUGUCCGGAGAUGAAGGCGACCGAUGAAUUCGAGUACCUUUGGCAGGAUAACGAAAACUUCAAGAGGCCAACAAAGAUGGCUGCCCCAGCAUACAUCGAACAGUUGAUGGCAUGGGUUCAGGGCAGCAUCGACAACGAGCAGGUUCUGCCCAGUCGCAUCGGUGUUCCAUUCCCCAAGACAUUCCCAUCUCUUGUUCGCCAGAUCUUCAAGCGCAUGUACCGAGUUUACGCUCACAUCUACUGCCACCAUUACCCAGUAGUUCGUGAGCUCGGCUUGGAGCCACACCUGAACACGAGCUUCAAGCAAUACGUAUUGUUUAUCGACGAGCACAGCUUGGCGAGUGGAAAGGACUACUGGGGACCCUUGGGCGAUUUGGUGGAGAGUAUGCUUAAGAGCGACUGAUAUAUCCCGGAGUCAACCCGACGGGUAUUUUCACUAUCACUGACCAAGGGCGCUGCAUCGCCUUGGAACUACGUUACUGAAGGGUACAAGACCUUCAAUUCAUCAAUUUGGGCCUUUUUUCUCGCGGUAUUUCUUUGUUGCUGGCUUUGCAUGGGGCGUUGGGCUGGUUGCGUUUUUACAGAUGAGGGCUACGGUAGAUGAUAGGCACGACACUACUGUUGGUUUCUCUUGUUGAACUGGACUGAGAUGAUUGAUCUCUAUGGAGUGUUUUUUUUUUUGUUUUUUUUUUAUAGCUUACAUGAACCUUGAGGCAAAUGGCCUUCGGUUUCACUUACCUACCAACAGGGCGAUGUACUAAGCAACAGUCCUUAUACCCUUCGAUUCAACUAGGCCGAUUGCUUUUAUCCAUGAGAAUCUGCUUAAUAUACUGGGAACUGUGUCGGGAAGCUCCUUGAUCAGUAGUGG